CUCAUUGGCUGUCUGAAGGGGGCACUCAGCAUAUAAGCACAGUCUGUUUCUGUCGUUUCCACUGCUGCAAGUAGAGACUGAUAGGGACGACUGUGUCUUCACCACAAUUUAGAAGAUGGACCCAGCAGAGUUCCGGAGACGAGGCAAGGAGAUGGUUGACAUCAUUAGCGACUAUCUAGAGAACAUCGAACAGAGGCCGGUGUUUCCCGACGUCGAGCCAGGCUACCUGAGAGCGCUGGUUCCUCAAGAGGCCCCGGAAGAGCCGGAGUCCUUCGACGAGAUCGUCAGAGACAUCGAGAGGGUCAUCAUGCCAGGGGUCACCCACUGGCACAGCCCUUAUUUCUUUGCCUAUUUUCCUACUGCCAGUUCGUUUCCUGCCAUGCUUGCUGACAUGCUGUCCGGAGCUAUCGGAUGCAUUGGAUUUUCCUGGGCUGCCAGUCCUGCCUGCACAGAGCUGGAAACGGUCAUGCUGGACUGGCUGGGGAAGAUGCUGAAGUUACCAGAGGAAUUCCUGGCUGGGACAGCUGGUCAAGGUGGGGGUGUGAUACAGGGUACUGCUAGCGAAGCUACUUUGAUUGCUCUGUUAGCUGCACGAACCAGAACAGUCAAAAAGAUCCAAGCGGAGAACCCAGGGACAGACGAAGAGGACAUUCUACCCAAACUGGUGGCCUACGCCUCUGACCAGGCACACUCCUCGGUGGAAAGGGCGGGGCUGAUAGGUGGAGUGAAAAUGAAGAUGAUCCCUUCUGAUGACAAGUUUGCUGCUCGAGGAGAAGCUCUCAGACAGACCAUUGAAGCGGACAAGGCAGCUGGUCUCAUCCCCUUCUAUUUCUGUGCAACUCUUGGAACAACACCAUCGUGUGCAUUUGAUCGCAUCAGCGAACUUGGCCCGAUAUGUAAUUCAGAGAACAUCUGGAUGCAUAUUGAUGCUGCUUAUGCAGGCAGUGCUUUCAUUUGCCCAGAAUUCAGGCAUCUCCUCAAUGGAGUGGAGUUUGCAGAUUCCUUCAACUUUAACCCUCACAAGUGGCUUUUGGUAAACUUUGACUGCUCUGCUAUGUGGGUGAAGAAACGAGCUGAUAUUGUUGGAGCUUUCAAAAUGGAUCCACUAUAUCUGAAACAUGAUCACCAAGAAUCAGGACUUGUCACAGAUUACAGACACUGGCAGAUACCACUGGGCCGAAGAUUUCGGUCUCUGAAAAUGUGGUUUGUGUUCCGUAUGUAUGGGCUCAAAGGACUGCAGCAGUACAUUCGGAAGCAUGUGAGCUUGGCCAAGGAGUUUGAGAGUUUGGUGCGCAGCGACCAGCGAUUCGAGAUCAGCGCGGAGGUCGUCCUGGGGCUUGUAUGCUUUCGACUGAAGGGAUCUAAUGCUUUGAAUGAAAAACUCCUUAAAAGAAUAAAUGAUACCAGGAAGAUCCACCUUGUCCCCUGCCACCUGUCGGGCAGUUUUGUGCUGCGCUUCGCUGUAUGUGCGCGGACCACAGAGUCAAAACACAUCCAGUUCGCCUGGAAGCACAUCGCGGAAAUCGCCUCCCAGCUUCUGCAGGAGCCGCGGCAGUAGGGGCGGAGGCAGAUAGCGACACACCUCGACGACUCUCGCUUUCAUCAAAUGCAGGCGGGCACCGACGCAUAGCCGAGGCCUGGUUCAUUUCGAAACCCCCUGUCUAAAACACAAGCGCAGGCACUUCAACAUCCAUCUCUUUCACGUGGAGCCGCAGAAGGACGCUGAAAGUCGUGUUUUGCUUUUUGCGGAAGGUAAAAUAAAGACUGAAUUUGCACCGUUGAUGUUCUGAAACAAGUUUGCGACUGUGUGCCAUACGAUUGAACUAACUCCCUAAUAUUAGCCCUACGGCGAAUGAAAUGGCUUUGAUGUUUUUAACUUAAUCCCUGGUUAGACUCACACUUUUAAAAAAAAAGGUGUUUAGUCCAGUCUAAUCAUCUUUCUUAGACGAGACGUUUAAAACUUGAGAGCUUUAAGAUUAAGAUGAGCUCUGAAUAAUAAUUCUCAUUCACAAUCCAUAAGUGGAAAUGCGUGUGUGUGGUUAACAGGCCUCUCUCCUGUGUUGUGCUCGAUAUCAGACCAAGCCCGCUUUUCUCCUGCAUACUGUAGUCGCGUCUGCACUACCUCCAUGCUCACCCUGCACUAAUGACUACUGACAGUGCAGAAACACCCCAAAGCCUUAAGGCAGGUUGUACGUUGUGUGUUUCUCUGUGCGCUUAGGCUUAAUACUGCUGUUCAUCCAGGCUGCUUCAAAUCCUUUCCAAAGGGUGGUCAGGGAGCUAAAAAUAUAGCAAGGGAUUUUGUGUGAGGGCAACUGGAAAAGGUUUGUCCAUAGGUUUUGGAUGAGUACACUUUAUGUCCUGUAUAGUAUAAUAAGGGAUCUGCAUCCUGAUGCUUGAACUCAAACUGAAAUGUGAAACAAGAAAUAAAGAUGAUUGUCUGCAUUUCCUUUCAUGGCUCAGGAACUUUCUGAAUGACUGGUUUUGAAUCAAGAUUUAAGGAAGAUAUCGCACUAAAUAUUAGUUGGUCAACUGCUGUGUCAUCACCCUGCAGUCUGAUCUCUGAUUUAAGAGGCUAGACAGGGCUGGAGGGGAGACCUGAGCACAGCUCUGUUAUGGGGAUCAGUCUUGGCCAGUCUUGCCUCUGCACCUCAUGUCCUGACCUGCUGGUCUGCUUGUGCAGCAUCGUGGCGAGUGCUGUAUUUCGCUGAAGGACAAAGCGAAUGGUGCGACAGAUGCUAUGUGAGGCACGUAAUGCAGGCAAAGGAUUUUAAAACGCAGAGUCUGUUAUCCUGUGCAUUUUGUUCUCAACAGCUUGCAAUAUUUCUUACAAUCUCCUCUGUAGGAUCAUAUUACACAGUAAGAAAAAAAACGAUCAUGUUUUGUAUCAAACAGUGAUAAUUUAAUGUGUCAUCGCCACAUAGUAGGUUAGUAUUGUAGUGCCCUCGGAUUAAUCUUUUCUCUCAGAAACCUUGAAAUGUACAAGGAUAAAGCCGAUUGUAUUUGCGACACGUGACUGCAUUAGAAUGUAAAGCUUUUUUAGAAACAUUGUUCUUCCCCCCAUCUACAGUAGUAGGAUUUUAUGUAAGAAAAGUUACAAAUGACAGGAGGACAUUCCAAUCUCCUUCCUUACAUUGUUCCAUACAGCUGUUUUGAAGGCACAUCCAUGUCAUUUCUACUUAUGUUACGUUUCAGAGCUGAUUCUGAAGAAGUCCAAGGCGUUUGACACCUGGGAUCAGGUCUCCUGCUUCUCUUCUCUGUUCAGGACUAAAAACUUUCAGUUAUUUUAGCAUUUCAGUGUAGGGCAUUCCUCUAAGCAUUGUAAUGUAUCUAGUUGCAUUCUUGUAGCUAUGUUUUCCUAAUUAUAUAUUUCUUCCAGCACCUGCAGGAAAAAUGUUCAGCUAGCCUUUUAAAAGUUCUGUUCUUUCCUGUGUAUUUCCUUUCCGAUUGUCAUUGUGCCUUUGUCUCUUUAAUUAGAUAUGCAUUACUGUUGUAUGCUGAUUAACGUAUGAGGCAAUGUCUUUAAACAUUUGCUGUUUUUGAUACGAAACCAUCGUUGUUAGUGCUGUGCCUCUGUUUUGUGUUGAGCCCAGCAGUUUCAAAUAAAAGCCACCAGAUGUCGCUAUAACCAAAUCAAAAGGAAACAAUCUGAAAACUUACUACACCUAGUGGUCAGAAUGUUAAACCCAGUGUAGUGUGGAGAUGUGUCAGUGGCUGUUGGCUGCUAAAGAACGAGUAAAGGUUAAUUACACCCUGAAAAGUAAUAAGAUGAAACAAUGUUUUGGCUCUUGAGCCUUGCUUGACACCUAAAGAAGGCUCAGCAGCCACACACGUCUGGUACUGUAUUGUGUUAGUAUUGGAUUGGCCAGAUGUUUAAGGGUUCAGAUAGCUUCACAAUGUCAGAUUAGUUUUGAGUAUCUGCAUCAUAUGGCUCAUGGAGAUCUAGCUGAUAUGUUAUCUGUUUAAGUUCCCACCACACAGCCCUCUCUCAGCUGAUUCUACUUUGCGAAGUGUUCCCACUGUCCACCUGGGCUUCCAUUGCUAUGUCCCAAAGGUCUAAAACAAAUUUAAAAAGACAUCAGGUGCUCAACCAUAUUACAAUCAAGCCUGAAAACUUCAUUUUUCCCCUCAAAGGAUCUCAAAAUACCUUACGUAUAGGAGGGAAAUCGCUUCAUUCACUACCGGUGAGUACCCUGCUGACACUUAUUAUGCCGUUAGUUACAUAUAAAUAAAAGAACCAUGUCCAUAGACAUUACAUGGCAUUCCAAUAUUCAGUUGAAAAUGCCAUAUAUUAUAGGUUGGUUAAAUUCUUGUUUUAAUGUGUUUUGCGCAACGCAGAACAGUGCUGUACUUGGUGGAGAAGGUUUGACUGCAGAGUAACAGAGGUCUCCUACAUCUGAGGGACCCAUUUUUAAAGUGGGGUAAAAAAGUGAGUUAAAGAAAAAUGAGGUUUCUGCAGCACAAGGUCUUGUCAAACCAGUAGGUGGCGCCCUUCCCUCUGGACCAGAAUUUACAAACCAAGAACCUGUACAGUGACCUGGGACUGUGUUGUAGGAGUUGCAGACCUGCAGCACCCCUGUCAGACUAAAGUCCAGAUCUGGUUAUCAAAGAUCUCCAUGGCUCUUAUUAACCGCAGUGUCCUGUCUCAAUUCCACCCUGAGCUUGCACUUGGACUACCAAGAGUUUCUCCUUAAUUCAACUGGUGAAGCAAUUUCCUACUUUUCUGCUGGGACUGUGCUGGUAUAAUAACAAGGGUAAAUUAUCCAGUGGAUGCUGCACUUCCCCACAAGAACUUUCAAGGAAUAUUAAUUAUUAUAAUAAGAACAUAAUCCAAGAGGCACAGCCUUAGGAAUGUUGGAUUACUACAAUAUCCUUACCAUUAAAUAAUUAUUUGAUGUGUGUGCUUAUAAUCCAUUCUUCAGCAGUCACAAAGGGCCUCAAACCUCCCUCCACUGAGCUGAGGAUGGAUUUGAUAAGUCACUAAGCAGGCCAUGCUGAUUUUUGAAGUGUUUUUAAAGAUUUCAAUUAUUCAAAAUAUUAACACCUCUUUAAAUAUUUUGAAGUGUUCUUAAAAUGUUUACCUGACAGUGGUGAUUUUAUUUAAAACAUUAACCUUAGUUACUAUACAGAUUCCUGAUACGCAAUUCAUGUUAAAAAGUUAAUGUUGUCUUGGGCUAUGUAAAACACUGCUGUCCAGUUUGUUUAAUACAUUAUACCCCUUAAUAGUCUGGUGGGACAUGUAUUCUUGGAGGUGUGAUAGAUGUUAAUCACAUUUUUCAAAGGUUCUAGUUAUAAAUGUUAACCAUAAUAUUCUGUAUUUUGAAAAUAUAAAAGAUGUCCUUUGCUUAUAGAUUUAGCAAAUUUAAUGUUUGCAGAGAAAUUAAAUAUUUGUUAAAACGUC